UGCUCAUCGCUGGAUCCGUAGACAGGAAGGGCUUGGCAGAUGUGUGGGACAAGACGUCCGGAACGUACGACGUACUUGCCAAAAGACAGAGAGGUACGGGCCAACAAGCUUCCUCUACCAGUGGAUGGAGGGUGAAGUCUACGCCGAGGCGUACAUGGUCCUUGUGAAGAACGCAUGUUGUGUCAUGAUACUCACGGCUCCCAUGGCGACACACCCGGUGUUUAUUCAGUGCGUUGGCCGCAUCGUCCACAUCGGCCAGCGCUAUGACUGUCUAGUCAUUGAGCUAAAUGAUCUAGAUACAUACAACCAGGCGAUGGCCUUGGCCAGCACACGCCGUGUCUAUCCUUGAGUGGCUGCGGGGAUGAAACCCGAGCUGAUUGCCCACGCAUACGGCUUGUUGACAGAUGGCUCUGAAAACACCGGCGACUUUCGAGAUCGAUGUCACGAUACUGAGCGGUUCCGUGAUGAUCGAGGGUAAGCUUCUGAAAAAGACGCAUCCCAAUCCCCCCCGGAGUAUCUAAGUGAGGAUACCGCGAGCCCGAGUAGUAGU